GAAGUACCUCACCAUAUGAAUGCAUCACCUCUAAAUGCGGAGCUGUGCUCUUACUAUCUUUCUGGACUUUUGGACUGGUGUCAUCAAACAAACUCAAAAUGCCAUCAAUUUAUUUGUUUUACCUUGGACUGGCUUUGACCUCCGGUCAGAUGAGCACAACCCAGGAUUCCAGUAGUCCAGAACCCAUUAUCUCCACAACCGCUGAACCAGUAGACACCAGUACCUCUUCCAUGACCACCAGCAUCACCACAGAGACCUUGAAAACCCCAGAGACCAACGGAAGCAUGAAUGCAUCUGAUAGUAGCACCAACACCACAGCUACUCCAGGAGACAGGAAUGAAACCCAGACCAGUGGUGGAGGUGUCACCUACAGUACCACCCCCAUGAAGCCUUCAUCUAUGUCUACUCUGACUCCCACAACUAAAACAUUUUUAUCUACAAAAAAGAUGACAACAAGAAGAACAACCAAAGCAAACCCCAAAAACAAAGGAGGGUCAAACGAGACUACCGGAAUCAUCGUCGUUGUCGUAAUCGCCCUUGUAAUCGUUGUGUUUGCUGUCGCUUGCGUCGUGUCACGGAGAAGAGGAAGGCGCUACAAUGUUGAUUUUACUGCUAGCCCCGAUGAAAACGUGCCACUCGGCACCAUAGACCCGGAAGUCCGUGCUGAGUCUGCGCCUCAAAACGGUCUGAAAACCUUUAAUAGCACAGAAACGGCAGCUACUGAGCCAAAAGGACCAGAAGCAGCACCUGAAACACAGGAAGAGAAAAAAGAAGAGGUUGCCAUAUCUGCUGCUGCACCCAGCGCUGAGGCUGCUGCUCCACCCGAAGCUGCAGCUGCAUCGGCACCAGAAGCUUCACCUGCUGCUCCACCCGAAGCUCCAGCUGCAGCUCCGUCUCCAGACACUUCAGAGGAAAAACCAAAAGCGGAUGACGCCAAGCAGAGUUCCUCUGCACCCGUGGACCCUCCUGCUGAAGAGAAAACCGAUGAUGAAGGUGCCGUCUCCAACAAGACUUCGGUGGAGUCACUGAAGGAGACGAAUGAGAACAACAGCAACAACUCUGGCUGCAGCCAGAGCAGAGACUGGCAGAGGAGCAACACAACCUGGGAAGUCGGUGUGGACUGUCCAGUGUGAGGUGCGGCGUCCACCUUGGAUUCCUGCUGUCCCUCAGAGACGAGGACGCAGAAGAAGCCAGAUCGACUGCAGAGGAUUAACUCACUUCAGCUCAUUCUCUGGGUUUGAAGCUUGAUCUCUUGUUGCCAAGUGUAUUUUUGUGUAAAAGUGUGAAAUAUUGUACAUCAUUUUUACAUGGUUUCUGCUCCAACUCUGUGUCUGAUGUACAAAGUAAACUAUGUAUGUGAUGACCUUGUAAUAAAUGUUUUUCCCCUAAAAGCACAAAGAAUGUAUGAACUGCAAAAAUAAGAAAUCUUUCCAGGUACUUCCGUCUUGUUUCUAUUGCAGAUAUCUUG